CGGAAACGGAGUACAAGCCACCUUCCUCCAAAGGCUGUUACAGCUACCGAAGCAAAGAAUGCCUCUGCCUCAGAUAGAGAAGCUACAUUGUCGAAAAGAAAGCAGAAGGAGCUACUGCGCCAACCAAAAGUUUUCCGUCUCGCGGAAGGCGCAGACGACAUAUACGUGGACGCUUUCGGACAGCCUCUAGACGUGGAGUCUGAGCUAUUAAGGCUAUAAAUAUAUUUUUGAUUUUCUCCUUUGAUCGGCUAGUCAAUACUAUAAUGGGUUUGUAUUGGCGGGGUGGAAGGGGCACCAGUUCCAGUUACUUGAGUACUCAGUACUAUAGCGAAAAACUACCUACAGGAGUUACAACUUGAACAUUCUAAUUUCAGUACAACAAGCGAUGCUGCGUCUGGUGGAAACGGGAGAGGAAAUACCGAUGCUGCCAGUGGCGGCUGAACAUGACAACUCCACACUUUCGAAUGAUCAUUUCGAGGCUUUUGCGGGAAAGAGCAGAACUUCAUCUGUCACGGAACCGGAACAAGAUGAACAGACACCUAUUAGCGUCCCUGGACCUGGUAGUCUGAAAAUGACUACGCCUAAGAACAACACUAGUACGACUAACAGCACUAGCAUUACUAGUUUCUUUGUUCCCCCACUGCGCGCUCAUGGGGGAUCAGGCGUAGACAAAAGGACGUCGACUGCAACAGCUCCUUACUCUUCUUCCACCAACCCUUCAUGCAAGGAAGCUGCUCAACUAAAAGCCGCGAUGGAAGAGAGCCAGCGCGAAGAGGAGAGACGUCGACGACAACUUCAACUGGAAGAAGAUGCAGAUCUAAAACUCGCAAUGGAACUAUCCAGAGCUGCUGAGCGACAAGAAAGAGAAGAUCGGAUUUUAGCUGAGAUA